CCAGCCCGGAUGGAGGCGCGUCCUGGGGGAUGGGGGGCGCAGUCCUCCUGCUCCUGCUCGCGGGGGCCGCGGCCCCGAGGGAGACCCGGGCGGGCCCCCACUCCGUGAGGGUUUUCCACACCACGACGUCCCGGCCCGGCCUCGGGGAGCCCCACUACAUCGCCGUGGGCUACGUGGACGACACGCAGUUCGGGCGGUUCGACAGCGACUCCCCAGGCCAGAGGGCAGAGACUCUGACCCCGUGGUUGAAGCAUGUCCGGCAGGAGGUGCUGGACGAGGAGACGCGGAUCCUAAGGUACAACACAAGGUGGUACCGAGCGCAACUGCGCUUCCUGCGCGGCCUCUACAACCAGAGCGAGACCGGCUCUCACACCUUCCAGAUGAUGUCUGGCUGCGACGUGGGGCCCGACGGGCGCCUCCUCCACGGGUACAGACAGUUCGCCUACGACAGCGCUGAUUACCUGACGCUGAACGAGGACCUGAGCUCCUGGACCGCUGCGAACACGGCUGCUCAGAUCACCCGGCGCAAGUGGGAGGCCCAGGGUGAGGCAAAGCACAUCAGGAACUUUGUGGAGGACAAGUGCUUGAGGUGGCUGCGCACAUUCCUGGAGUACGGGAAGGAGACUCUGCAGCGCACCGAUCCCCCAAGGACACGUGUGACCCACCACCCCACCUCUGAGUAUGAGGUCACCCUGAGGUGCUGGGCCCUGGGCUUCUACCCUGCGGACAUCACCCUGACCUGGCAGCGAGAUGGGGAGGACCUGACCCAGGAGAUGGAGGUGGUAGAGACCAGGCCUGGGGGAGAUGGAACCUUCCAGAAGUGGGCGGCUCUGGUGGUGCCUUCUGGAGAGGAACAGAGAUACACGUGCCACGUGCAACAUGAAGGCCUGCUGGAGCCCCAAGUCCUGAGAUGGGUGCCCCCUCAUCUGUCCUCCAUCCUCACCGUGGGCAUCAUUGCUGGCCUGGUUCUCCUUGGAGCUGUGCUCACUGGAGCUGUGGUGGUUGCAGCUGUGAUGUGGAGGAAGAAGCACUCAGGAGGACAAGGAGGAAGCUACACUGAGGCCGCAGGCAGUGACAGUGCCCAGGGCUCUGAUGUGUCUUUCAGCCCCUAAGGAUCUUUUACAGUGAACCUGAUGAGGCUCCAGUUGUGCACACCCUGGACAGCAGUGUGAUGGUGUCACUGUUGUUCUUAACUGUGAUAUUGAGCAUUUGUUCAUAUUUUUAUUUUUCUAUGUCUAUAUAAGUUGCUAUA